ACAGCAUCUCUUCCUAAUAGAGUUGCUUCAGAUUGACUGAUGCAGUUACUGGUGUAUUUUGCUAUCGUUCUUUCUGUUUAUUCCUACCGGAUUUUGCAUUCAGAAAACCUGAGGCUUUCAAAAAUUUGCGGAAGUUUACAGUAUAAGAGAGCGCACUACAAGUCGUUCGGAGGGAGAAAGGUGCGUAAAGACGAGUAUCCUUGGUUGGUCAUUCUCAAAUAUAAAUAUGAAAAUGGUAACAAGUUCAUAUGCAGUGGAGCUCUCAUUUCUCGAAGGCACAUUGUCACAGCUGGGCAUUGUGUCACAGCACAAACGCCGCGUGACAAGACGCAGUGCAACAAGAGGAAAGAAGACAGAAAAUACGAUCGCGAUGUUCUAAGAAGAAAGAGCCUUUGGUUUAUUUACGUGAGAAGAUGCUCCUUUGGAAGAGGGUGUAAAACCGAGCUCAGAACACCGGGCAAGAUUAUUUUGCAUCCUGAUUGGGACGACUGCGACGAUUCGAAUGACUUUGCCAUCAUCGAACUUGAGCGUGAUCUCCCAAAGGAUGAGGCCUUUCCAAUAUGUCUACCUAGAAAAAAUGUGGUAUUGAGAGCCUCUAUGAAAGCUGCAGGAGCCGGCCUUGAUUCAUCACUUCUACAUGAUCAAUACUCCAAAGGUCUUCAAGUGAUCUCUACUAAUGUGGUGAACGAAAAUCCUAAUAGCAGCGAGAUCGAAACGAACAGUAGAACGGCUUCGUUGUGCGCAGGAGAUAGUGGCGGGCCGCUCUUUCAUUUGGAAGGCAGUAGAGCCGUACUUAUGGGAGUAGCCGUUACGAUAAAGCCUUCUUGUAGUAAAGCGAAUCCGGAAAGGAUCAGCGAAAAUUACUUCACUGACGUUCGAACACAUAUACAAUUCAUCUGCCAUAAAACAGGCGUAUGCCCCGUAUACAAACGAACAUGAUGCAAAAUGGCUACAAACUUCUGGCAAGGUGAUAACAAUAAAGUGCUGC